UUUAAAUUCUGCCUCUUGUUUCAGUUUUUAUAUGGAGCAAACCGCAUUUAAGCCAUUCAUAAGGGCAUUUCCAUUACUGCAUUGCCGAAAAAUACUCAAAUCAGAAGAUACACAGAACCCAUAUCUAAAAUAACGAUAUUUGAUUCAUUUCAUAGGAACAAUUUAGAAAGAAACGUGGAAAUGGUCCGUGGGAAAGAAAACAUGUGUUUAUCUAUUAUAACAUUAAUCUAAACUAAAGGCUGACAAGAACAAAUAGUCAGUCGGUUAAAGUCUUAAAAUGUACAUCGUUACGCUGGUCUUGGGAGUUACAGUUUUAAGCAUAACAUCCGCACAUACUCUUAACCGCAUUGACAAUUCCACUUUGACGACAAGUCCAGCACCGACAUGUUGGUGGCACGGAACGGAGUAUCAUCAUGGCGAUCGCUUCCCCCGCAAUAAGUCCUGUCCAACACACGCAUCGUGCGAAUGUCGAUCGGGCCAAGUUUCCUGUGUGUAUGCUGACUGUCCUGCCGAAAACCUCCCGUGUGAUGACCCAGUCACUCUACCCUGCGGCUGUCCAUAUUGUCACCAAGAACCGAAAUGUUUGUGGAAAGGAAGGGAGUACAAUAAUGGCGAUCAUUUUUAUGGCAAUGAGGCCUGCCCAGCAUAUGCAUCGUGCAACUGUAAUUAUGGGCAAGUUAUAUGUGCGUAUGCUGGCUGUCCUUCACAAUAUCUUCCUUGUGUUGACCCAGUCACUCCAGGUUGCGGCUGUGCUUAUUGUCCUAAUGGACCAAAUUGUUAUUUGGGGAACAAGAUAAUUACUGGAUACCUAUCUGAUGGUAACCGAUCCUGUCGAUGCAUGUUUCCGAGUCCCCAGGCAUAUUGCGAUCCACCCGCUCCUUUAGCGCCUCCUACUAUGACGCCUGUCAUUGGAUAACAAAUCCCGAUUUAUCCUUACCAUAAAACAGUUUUUUUUUUGUUUCAAACAUAUUUUAUUGAUAAAUCAAUGGGGAUUAAGCAACAGGCAUAGCCUAUAUAAGCUCUCUCCCUAGCUUCCAGUAUAUAAUAAAUGAAAAUUUAUAGAUAUUGUAAAUGAAUGGGGGAAAAUGAAAACAAAAAACAAAA